ACAUCAACCAAACAAUGCAGGGGGCCUGGCCCUGCGAGUCCACUAGCUGUCCAUGCUAUUCCUGACAACAGACAGAGCGAUGGCUGAGGGCCCACUAGCAGCUCUCCCAGGGCUCUGGGACCGUCAAAAUGGAAGAAUAACAGAAACGGCAGGGGGGAGGAAACAGUUGGCUGGACCUUGUUUUGAGGAAAUCUUAGAUGAAUAAACUUUCAGAGUAAUGUAUUGUUUACAAACUCUCUGUACUGUCAGGCUGUCCACUGACAUACCACUAUUAACGACAGAUGUUAUAAGGUUAUAGGUUAUAAGAUACGACUUCAACACCAUCAUUAAGUUUGCUGACGACACAACAGUGGCAGAUCUAACUUCAGCUCUCCUCAUGAAACAAUCAGAUCUAACCUCAGCUCUCCUCAUGAAACUAUCAGAUCUAAACAUCUAACUUCAGCUCUCCUCAUGAAACUACCAGAUCUAACUUCAGCUCUCCUCAUGAAACUAUCAGAUCUAACUUCAUCUCUCCUCAUGAAACUAUCAGAUCUAACUUCAGCUCUUCUCAUGAAACCAUCAGAUCUAACUUCAUCUCUCCUCAUGAAAAUAUCCGAUCUAACUUCAGCUCUCCUCAUGAAACUAUCAGGUCUAACUUCAGCUCUUCUCAUGAAACCAUCAGAUCUAACUUCAUCUCUCCUCAUGAAACUAUCAGAUCUAACUUCAGCUCCCCUCAUGAAACCAUCAGAUCUAACUUCAGCUCUCCUCAUGAAACCAUCAGAUCUAACUUCAGCUCUCCUCAUGAAACUAUCAGAUCUAACUUCAGCUCUCCUCAUGAAACUAUCAGAUCUAACUUCAGCUCUCCUCAUGAAACUAUCAGAUCUAACUUCAGCUCUCCUCAUGAAACUAUCAGAUCUAACUUCAGCUCUCCUCAUGAAACUAUCAGAUCUAACUUCAGCUCUCCUCAUGAAACAAUCAGAUCUAAGUUCAGCUCUCCUCAUGAAACUAUCAGGUCUAACUUCAGCUCUCCUCAUGAAACAAUCAGAUCUAACUUCAGCUCUCCUCAUGAAACUAUCAGGUCUAACUUCAGCUCUCCUCAUGAAACCAUCAGAUCUAACUUCAGCUCUCCUCAUGAAACUAUCAGAUCUAACUUCAGCUCUCCUCAUGAAACUAUCAGAUCUAACUUCAGCUCUCCUCAUGAAACUAUCAGAUCUAACUUCAGCUCUCCUCAUGAAACUAUCAGAUCUAACUUCAGCUCUCCUCAUGAAACUAUCAGAUCUAACUUCAGCUCUCCUCAUGAAACUAUCAGAUCUAACUUCAGCUCUCCUCAUGAAACUAUCAGAUCUAACUUCAGCUCUCCUCAUGAAACUAUCAGAUCUAACUUCAGCUCUCCUCAUGAAACUAUCAGAUCUAACUUCAGCUCUCCUCAUGAAAAUAUCUGAUCUAACUUCAGCUCUCCUCAUGAAACUAUCAGAUCUAACUUCAGCUCUCCUCAUGAAACUAUCAGAUCUAACUUCAGCUCUCCUCAUGAAAAUAUCUGAUCUAACUUCAGCUCUCCUCAUGAAACUAUCAGAUCUAACUUCAGCUCUCCUCAUGAAACUAUCAGAUCUAACUUCAGCUCUCCUCAUGAAAAUAUCUGAUCUAACUUCAGCUCUCCUCAUGAAACUAUCAGAUCUAACUUCAGCUCUCCUCAUGAAAAUAUCUGAUCUAACUUCAGCUCUCCUCAUGAAACUAUCAGAUCUAACUUCAGCUCUCCUAAUGAAACUAUCAGAUCAAACUUCAGCUCUCCUCAUGAAACUAUCAGAUUUAACUUCAGCUCUCCUAAUGAAACUAUCAGAUCUAACUUCAGCUCUCCUCAUGAAACUAUCAGAUCUAACUUCAGCUCUCCUCAUGAAACUAUCAGAUCUAACUUCAGCUCUCCUAAUGAAACUAUCAGAUCUAACUUCAGCUCUCCUCAUGAAACUAUCAGAUCUAACUUCAGCUCUCCUCAUGAAACUAUCAGAUCUAACUUCAGCUCUCCUCAUGAAACUAUCAGAUCUAACUUCAGCUCCCCGCAUGAAACUCUCUGUGCUCUCAGUGUCCUUUGCAGAACAGAGGGCAGAAGUCAACUGGAAUCAGGUGUGAGACAUGCACAAAAACACACACACACACAAACUUAUACAUCCCUAAACACACACACACACACACACACACACACACACACACACACACACACACACACACACACACACACACACACACACACACACACACACACACACACACACACACACACACACACAGAGAGAGAGAGAGACACAUACACGGAGAGACACACACGGACAGGGUCAGGACCCCACUCUAAGGGGGCCCCGUUCCUGCAGUACACUCUGUUCCACCAAUCCACAGAGGUGGGCCUGGGCUUUGCAACGUCAACAGAGCUGCAACUCCAUUGUUUUUACUUUGUUGUCCGGUCCACUGCUUGAAUUAAUACAGCAGACAAAAGGGAUGAGUGGCUUCCUUGCCUUUUUAAUAGCUGAUGCUUGUCAAAUUCCCAGAACAGCACAAAGGAGAGAAGGUUCAUGUCUGACAGUCUAGACUCUAGUAAACUGAGCAGAUGGCCCAUGGAUGGAGAAGGGAAGACUGGAUAGGUCAAACCAACACACAUUCAUGGUUCAAAUGAUCCCUUUAAUUCUCCCCUUUAAUCUCAAUGUGACUUAUUGUGUAAUAAAUGAAUAUUACCUCAUUCUAGGGCCAGCAUAGUGAUAAUGAUACUGUAUUUCCCCGUGUUUAUGUGUAUAUAUAACAUAUCACCUUCACAAUUGACUGUACAGUCGUGGCCAAAGGUUUUUAGAAUGACACAAAUUUACAUUUUCACAAAGUCUGCUGCCUAAGUUUGUAUGAUGUCAAUUUGCAUAUACUCCAGAAUGUUAUGAAGAGUGAUCAGAUUAAUUGCAAUUAAAGUCAUUUUCUCUGAUGAAUCCCCUUUCCGAUUGUUUGGGGCAUCCGGAAAAAAGCUUGUCCGGAGAAGACAAGGUGAGCGCUACCAUCAGUCCUGUGUCAUGCCAACAGUAAAGCAUCCUGAGACCAUUCAUGUGUGGGGUUGCUUCUCAGCCAAGGGAGUGGGCUCACUCACAAUUUUGCUUAAGAACACAGCCAUGAAUAAAGAAUGGUACCAACACAUCCUCCGAAAGCAACUUCUUCCAACCAUCCAGGAACAGUUUAGUGACGAACAAUGGCGAUUCCAGCAUGAUGGAGCACCUUGCCAUAAGUCAAAAGUGAUAACUAUUCAUCACGGUUGACAACUCCAUUGUGUCCUCCUCCCAGAGCGCUAAGAACCUUGGCGUGAUCCUGGACAACACCCUGUCGUUCUCAACUAACAUCAAGGCGGUGGCCCGUUCCUGUAGGUUCAUGCUCUACAACAUCCGCAGAGUACGACCCUGCCUCACACAGGAAACGGCGCAGGUCCUAAUCCAGGCACUUGUCAUCUCCCGUCUGGAUUACUGCAACUCGCUGUUGGCUGGGCUCCCUGCCUGUGCCAUUAAACCCCUACAACUCAUCCAGAACGCCGCAGCCCGUCUGGUGUUCAACCUUCCCAAGUUCUCUCACGUCACCCCGCUCCUCCGCUCUCUCCACUGGCUUCCAGUUGAAGCUCGCAUCCGCUACAAGACCAUGGUGCUUGCCUACGGAGCUGUGAGGGGAACGGCAC